CGGUAGCGCAGUACCAAGCUGUGCGAUAGUGUCAUACUACGGAACGGUAAAACAACAACGCCGGGGAACUCCCCAGCAAUGUAUCAAACACAUGCGAUGAGACCGGUUAUCGCGUGUGAAGUGCUGGCUGUGAAUGCUCUGCUUUUGCUCAGUUCACUUGAAACGUUCGUGUAGAUCAGUUGUGGUCAAGUUGGGUUUGAUGGUUGUUUUGUGUUUUGUUAAAUCAAGAAGGAUUUCUUAUCAAUCUAGUACCAUCAUCGGCAAGAUGAUGACCCCGAAAGUGAUUCCACUUUCGCUGGUUCUCCUGACGAUCUUCGUCGGAUAUUCAAUUCAGUUGGACCUUCCGAAAGACUGUGGCCAACGAAAGGCGGAUACCGUAAACUUGAUCGUCGAUGGAAAACCAACCACCAUCCAAAACUGGCCGUGGCACACAGCGAUCCACCAUCGCGAGGGAACGGGAGCACCGGUGUACAAGUGCGGUGGCAGCAUACUCAACGAGGACACCAUUUUAACGGCCGGUCACUGCGUCCGCUUGUCCAGCGGUGUGAUCCCCCCUGAAAACCUCAUCGUACAGGUCGGUCGCCAACGGCUUCACGUCGCUGAUGACCGCGCUCAGGAGCAUGCGGUAGAUAACAUUAUGGUGCACAAAAAGUUCCGGCUUGGAGCGCUGCAGCACGACAUUGCCCUGAUAAAGCUGGCGACGCACAUCAAGUUUACGCCGUUCAUCCAACCGGUUUGUCUGUGGAACAGAGGUGAAGAUCGGUUGUUGAUCCGCAACAAGGAUGGUACGAUUGUUGGGUUCGGUGCUACCAGGACGGCGGGUUAUUCCGAAACGCUGAAUAAAGCCGAACUGAAGGUGGUGGAUAAUCAGGUCUGUAUCGAUAGCAAUCGAGGAGUGUUUGGACUGGCGUUGACCGGCGACAUGUUCUGCGCCGGGAGCAAUGAUGGCGUCAAUGCUUGCAACGGGGACAGCGGAGGUGGGAUGUUCUUCGAACUGGAUGGUCGCUGGUACGUUCGGGGUAUCGUUGCAUUUUCACCUUCGCUUGCUAGCGACCAGAGCCGAUGCGAUCCGUAUCAGUAUGUAGUGUACAUGGACGUUGCUCGGUACAUCAGCUGGAUUGCAGAACAAUUGAACGGUUCUUUCGUAGAAGCUCCGGAACUAACGCACCCGAAGCAGCACCUUCUGAGUCGAGACUGUGGUGAAAACCUGUACCCAACAACCAUGGAGUCGGAAAAAUCCGUUUUGAUGUCGUAUCCUUGGGUGGGGUUGAUCGAAUACAGCCAGGAAGGAGUUCGCGAGAAGCGAGUUCUCUGCCAUGCAAUGCUAAUCAGUGAACGCUACCUGGUGACCGCGGCUGAGUGCGUCUACAAUACCGGAAAACUGCGUCCGACGUCGAUACGGCUGGGUGAAUACGACACUUCUAGCAGUCAGGAUUGCGGCGUAGUGGACGGUUCCAGCACUUGCGCACCCCCAACGCAGUCCAUCGGCAUCGAAACCAUCACCGUGCACCAGCAGUACAACAAGCCCCGCUUCGCGAACAACAUAGCCCUGAUCCGGCUCUACUCGACGGCCGACGUCGAUCGGGAAAACAUCGCACCCGUCUGCCUACCGCUGACCAAGGCCCUGCGUAGCUUCAAACCGGCCAGCUACAUCCGGUCCGGCUGGAAGAACCACCGGGAUCAACCGCGGAUGCAACGGGCCGAAGUCAAGGUGGUCGAUUCGGUCGAGUGCCAGCGCAAGUACAGCCGCGAGCGAAUCCCGCUGGAGAAGACCUUCCGACAGAUCUGCAUCGAGCAGGACGGCGGCGGCGGAUCGGCAUCAUCCGGGGGCAGUUGUGUGUUCGACACGGCUUCGGCACCGUUGCAGGCGAUCCAAAAGGUGGACGGGAGCGAUCGGUAUGUGCUGCAUGGGUUGCUCGCCUUCGGACCGAACAAGUGCCACCUGGACUACCCGAAUGUGUACACCAACGUGGGAACGUACGUUACAUGGAUUUUGGAUCAUAUGCAGAAGUAGUGUUUGGGGUUUUAUUUUAUUUUUGUUUAUUUAUUUCGGACCUUAUGUCUAUUUUAUUACUGUGUCAUACAGUCAUAUGUAGAGAUUAUACACGUUUAUCGAUAAGAAAAACUUAUU